AGGGGGCGGCGGUGGUUUAAGAGCGCGCCCGGCGGGCCCGGGGGAGGAGCCGCCGCUGCUGCCGCUCCCCCCGCGCGUCCUCCCAGGUGUAACCGGAGCCGGGAGGGCGCGGCGCAGCCACCACCAGCACCUGCGGAACCUGUCGGGCAGCUCGCAGCGCUCCGCCGCUCCGCGCACACACCGCUCCCGCUCUGCCCGCGUCCCCGAGGACUCCCUCGGCCUCCCCGCCGCCCACCCCAGCCAUGAAGCCGCUCUGCGGGGCCGCGCUGCUGCUGCUGCUCUGCCUUGCCGCCACCGCCCGGAGCUCGUGUGUGUGCGAGAAGAACAAGCGCGUCACCGACUGCAGGACGGACGGCAGCGGCCGGUGUAUCUGCCAAGCCAUCGGCUCCGGAGCCACCGUGGACUGCUCCACCCUGACUUCAAAAUGCCUGCUGAUGAAAGCAGAAGUGAUGGGCUCCAAGUCGGGUCGUCGUGAGAAACCGAAAGAUGCGUUUGAAGAUACCGAUGGUCUCUAUGAUCCCGAGUGUGAAAACACUGGUGCUUUCAAGGCGAAGCAGUGCAAUGGAACCACCUGUUGGUGUGUGAAUACUGCUGGAGUUAGGAGAACUGACAAACACGAUGCAGACUUGAAGUGCAAUCAAUUAGUCAGAACGAUGUGGAUCAUCAUUGAAAUGAAACAUGCUGAGAGAAAUGCUCCUCUGAAUGCUGAAUCUUUAAAGAAGUUUUUCACGGAUACCAUUACCAGUCGUUACCAGCUGGAUGGCCGCUACAUAACCAAUGUUCUGUAUGAAAACCCUAUUAUUACUAUUGAUUUGAAGCAAAACGCCUCACAAAAAUUAGUUGGAGAUGUGGAUAUAGCUGAUGUGGCCUACUACUUUGAGAAAGAUGUGAAAGGUCAGUCCAUCUUUCAUAAUAAUGCUGGGAUAAAUGUCAGCAUUGACAACGAGCCGGUGAAGCUUGAGAAGACAGUGGUCUACUACGUUGAUGAAAUAGCACCAGAGUUCUCCAUGAAGUCCCUGACUCCCGGCCUCAUUGCUGUCAUUGUAGUGGUACUGGUAGCAAUAGUGGCUGCAAUUGUUGUCCUGGUCCUGACAAGGAGGAGGAAAGGGAAGUACGUGAAAGCUGAGGUGAAGGAAAUGAACGAAAUGCAUAGAGGGCUGAAUGCUUAACUAAAUCAACUGAAGGCAGACCAGAUUACAAGAAAGAAGAUAAAAACAUUGGAGGCAUGAAUCUUAAUUUCCUCCUGAAAGGGAGGCAAUUGUGCUCACUUAAUGAUUGUUAAAACUCUUUAACAGCCAAGACUGGUAACCAUUCAGAUACAUUUACUGUUUGUUGAGAGUUAAAUGCUCCAUCUUACUCAAGUAAAACUUAGCUAUUGCUCCCUGAUUUUAUUUUUUUUAUGAUGAUGAAACAAGUUGACAACUGCUGUUACUAGGGUUUUGGAGCAUACAUGCCUAAAUGGUUGUUUUACCCUUGUUGGGAGUUUUAUUGAAAGUAAUGAUUUUGUAGCCAUGUUGUAAUGAGACUGUCUCCUGUGUAACUGAACACAACCUUUUUAUGGCAGUUUGUACAUAUUUGAAGUUGCUGUAACUUUUUUAUGACUUGAAUUAAUAAAACUUUGAAACAGGCUUCUAA